GUGCAGAUCGAAUGCUAUCGACCACGUUGCAAUGUGGCCACUAGUCUAGGUGACUCGACACUGUGUGCACUAUAUAUUGAGAUUAGAUGGUGGUCGGAGGUAGUCGACAGGAAACCCUGGACCCGAGUUUCGUGCUACUUGGCACUUGUCAGCAAGGUGUACCUAUAAUCUUGAGGGAACUGAUGCUCGCUGGCGGAUUCGAUCCCGUGUCAGUCAGCUUCACAACCAGAGACGUUACCACGGAGCUCUUCGAGCGGCAACCGACCUCCUGUAGGACUGAGAUGUAAUCACAAUUGAUUGGUCAGUGGGUGGUUAUCUAUGUCAUGUGUGUCAAGUCCUUAUUUAGUGCAGAUCGAAUGCUAUCGACCUUUCAAAUAAAUAAUUAAGGUGUAGUUUUUAAAACAAUCUUUAUCAUUCUGUACACAACCAAUCAGAAUAACAAAGUCCUAAAUUUUCCACAUUUUCACUCUUCCCCCAAAGUAUUAUUUAAACAACUUGCAAUGUCCACAUACACACACACACACUUCGUAUAUUGGUAAAUCUAUCGAUUUCAAUAUUUGUGAUGAUGGGGAUCAAGGCCAUGAUUUCCUUAUGUUACAUUGAUUGGACCACUAAAAUAUAUAAAUUGUAUGCAGUGAUUAUCGAUGAAACUAUACAGUUAAUUCUAAAUCCUUCCUCAUUCUGACAACAACAUAUAAUGAUGUCUAUUGAAAUUACUCAACUUAUUUUACAGAGAAUAUUAUCCUAUUUUAUUCUAUUGAAUAUAGUUUACAUUACCAUUAUACAUAGUAAUCAUAAUAAUAAUUAUUAUUCACCUAAUAUGUUAUGUCCAAGUGGUUAUUGGCCAGCUAAAGUAAAUUUAACUGGUGGUCAUUACAAAACUGAUCGAACAUUUGAAUUACUUUAUCAUUCUAAUGCUAAAUUACCUAUAUGUCAAUUCUGUCCAAAUGUUGGCUGUUUUAUUGUACGUUUAUCAACAAUAGAAACAAAGAAAAGUUCAUCAAUUAAUAGUGUCAAAACAACACAAUCAUCAUUGAUACCUACCACUACUACUACUACUAGUAGUAGUAGUAGUAGUAGUACUAUUUCGACCAUUCAAUCAACUAUAAAUGAAACAGAUUCAAGUUCUAUGAAUAAUAAUAAUAAUAAUAUAACUGGAACAAAUGAUUUCAAUGAAACUAUGGAACAAACUUUUCAUGAUGCUUUAUAUAUGUCAUGUGAUCAUUGGAAUAAUUUACCAUCACCAACCGAUAUAAUUAGUUAUUUAGAUUGUGUUAUGAUUGGUAAUAAUGAUCAAUUUUAUUUAUUUAUAUAUGAACCAAGAUUUCAAGAAUAUUCAUUACCACCAGUGGAUUGUGUAGAUGCAGAUUUUUUAGCAUGGAUUAAAAAUGAUAGUGAAUUAUUAGGUUUAGAAUUAGGAUUUCGUAUGAAAACUAUACCACCAUUUUUAUUUCGUUAUUAUCAACGUAUAAUGCAAUUAACACAAUAUAUAUGUAUUGAUGGAAGAAGUUUAAUAAAUAAUUCUAUACCAUUUGAAGAUACUGAACGUUUUGCUAGUAAUAAAUUAACACAAGUUGUAUUUCGUUCAUUAACUGGAUUAAAAAGAGAACGUUUACCACCAAAACCAAUUGAUAUACAUCAUAUAACAGAAUUUCAAAGUGAUGAAGAAGUUCAAUCAUGUCCAUUUAUUGUUCAACAUAAAUCAGCUAAUAUUACAUCAAAUGUUGAUUGUCAAUUUUCACCAGGUGGUUUACCAACUACAUCGGAUAAAGUUAGCUCACAUCAAGCAUUAGAACGUUGCCCAUUUCGUCGAUUAACGAUAAAUACAUUACAGACAAGACGAAGAAAGACCAAUAAUCCAAUGGAAGAAGAAAUAUAUUUACCACCUUCUGUAUUAUCAGCUUGUUUAUUAAUUGUUGUACUAUUAUUAACCAUUGGUAUAAUUAUUGCAUUCUGUAUAAUUAAUCAUGAAAAAUUAACGUUAUGUAAAUCACGUAGUAGGAAACGACGUGAACGAGAAGCUGCACUUGCACAAGAGAUGGAUGAAAAAGCUGCUAAAGAAGCUGCAGCUGCCGCUGCUGCAGCAGAAGCUGAACAACAACAACAACAAACAUCAACAAUACGACAUCCUAUUUAUGCUAGAUAUGGUAUGAUACCACCGAAUAUGGGUGGUGCAUUCGGUGCAUUUGCUCCAGCAUAUCAAACAAUGACAGUUAAUAUGAAUAUGCCUAGUAAUGUAGUAAGACAAAAUCAUGGAUUUAAUGGACCAAUGUGAAAAUACACAGGAUUAAUGAUAAUUUUCUUUAUAAAUAUUCAUUGAACUUUAUUAUUUAUGGACGGAAAAAAAGGAAUCAACAAACACUUUCUAAUCAAUAAUCACUUAGAUCUCUAAUGUUUUACACAGAUAUUCAUAUGAAAACUAUUUAGCAGUGUAAACUCAUUUAUUGUAAAACAUAAAAUACUUGAAAUGUACCCGAAAUGAUUUAGUUUUUGUAUGCAUAAGGAAGUCAAUAUUUCAUUAGUCAAUGAAUCGAAUUUUCUCCUUGAAU